AUGGCCCAUCUACAUGAUUGUGAAAUCAGAGGCAUAAAGGCCCUACGUGAAAGCGAAGAAGGUGUUAAAGUUUUCUUGUUCUUCGUCAAAGCCUGGUGCUCUUUUGUGAAGCAUCACCACGAUGUUGAGGAAGAGCUCCUUGAGAGUUUUACCGACAGACCCGGCUGCAUAAGCGCCAACGUUGCGCAACAUGCAAUGUUUGGACUCGGACUUCACGAACUUGCGGAUUACUCGCACGCCACCAAGGUACGCUCGUUGAUCGACGGCUUUGCGGAUACCCUACGGAAUCAUCUAAAAUCAGAAACUUCGGCAUCGCUAGCGCUGCAAACCUACAAGAGCGAGGGUAUUAUGAAGAUAUUCAAAGAAUGCGAGGCUGCAGGCUUCAAUCAACCAAAUUUUGGCAUUACCCCGCUAUAUGAUCUUACACAGGAUAUAGCAUUGCCACUGAUACUGGGUCUAUCAGAGAGCACGUUCGAAAAUGGAAAAUACGUUUUCUCAGACGUACCGGGGUUUGCAAGAUAUCUUGUCCAUUAUUGGUAUUGUCGUACACAGCAGGGCGCGUGGAGAUUCUUACCUUGGGAUAACCUUAUGUGGGGUAUGCCGAGAUCUUUAGCAUUCUUGAAUUAG